UGUUGCUGAUUUCUGGAUGUUCUGGGUAGUGUGAGGAGAGUAUGAGGCGAGCUCUGGUCCGGGUGCGGCCGUGCCUUGGGGGAAAGGGUGUCGCCGCCAUCUAAGUCCGCGAGGCCCGCGAGGCCCGGCGCGCGGAUGGUGCCGGUGUGGCUCGGGGGCUGAUCGCGUGUCCCCUCCCUUGCCCCCUUCCCCCCCCUCGCGGUGGGCUUUCCUCCCACCCAGCCCGGUGGAGCCAUGUCUCGGGGUGGCUCCGGUCCACACCUGUUGUGGGACGUGAGGAAAAGGUCCCUCGGGCUGGAGGACCCGUCCAGGCUGCGGAGCCGCUACCUGGGAAGAAGAGAAUUUAUCCAAAGAUUAAAACUUGAAGCAACCCUGAAUGUGCACGAUGGCUGUGUUAAUACAAUCUGUUGGAAUGAAACUGGAGAAUAUAUUUUAUCCGGCUCAGAUGACACCAAGUUAGUAAUUAGUAAUCCGUACAGCAGAAAGGUUCUGACAACAAUUCGUUCCGGGCACCGAGCCAAUAUCUUCAGCGCGAAGUUCUUGCCAUGCACAAAUGACAAGCAGAUCGUGUCUUGCUCUGGGGACGGUGUGAUAUUCUUCACCAACGUGGAGCAAGAUGCGGAGACCAACAGACAGUGCCAAUUCACGUGCCAUUACGGGACUACCUACGAGAUUAUGACUGUGCCCAGCGACCCACACACCUUCCUCUCCUGUGGCGAGGACGGGACUGUCAGGUGGUUCGACACGCGCAUCAAAACCAGCUGCGUGAAAGAAGACUGCAAAGAUGAUAUUUUAAUUAACUGCCGCCGGGCUGCCACUUCCGUGGCGAUCUGUCCGCCGGCACCGUAUCAUCUUGCCGUGGGCUGUUCUGACAGCUCAGUCCGAAUAUAUGAUCGGAGGAUGCUGGGCACAAGAGCUACAGGGAAUUACGCAGGCCGGGGGACGGCCGGAAUGGUGGCCCGCUUUCUCCCCCCGCAUCUUAACAACAAGUCCUGCAGGGUGACGUCCCUGUGCUACAGCGAGGACGGCCAGGAGAUCCUCGUCAGCUACUCUUCGGAUUACAUUUACCUGUUCGACCCCAGAGACGACACCGCGCGGGAGCUCAGGGCGCCCUGCGCGGAAGAGAGGAGAGAGGAGUUACGACAGCCUCCAGUGAAGCGGCUGAGACUGCGUGGCGACUGGUCCGACACUGGGCCCCGAGCGAGGCCGGAGAGUGAGCGAGAGCGAGACGGAGAGCAAAGUCCCAAUGUGUCGCUGAUGCAGAGAAUGUCCGACAUGUUGUCGAGGUGGUUUGAAGAAGCAAGCGAGGUCGCACAGAGUGGGAGAGGACGAGGAAGGGCUCGGCCCACAGGUGGGACAAGUCCGCCAGAGGUGUCGACCCUUCCCACGGUCCCGUCGGGCACUGGUGUGGACGUGGGUGAUGCUGUGAUGGACAUAGACACUCCGGCCGAGCAGCUUCUGCAGCCUCCCGCGUCCUCCCCGGCACCUGCAACUGAGAGCCCCCCGCCACCGCCGCCUCUGCAGCCCUCCCCGGACCGGGAGCUCCGGCCGGCCGCCGCAGCGUCUGGACAGCACGCACAGCGUCAGUCUGAAUUUUUAAGGGGGCCUGAGAUGGCUUUGCUCCGUAAGCGGCUGCAACAACUGAGGCUUAAGAAGGCCGAGCAGCAGAGGCAGCAGGAGCUGGCCGCGCAAGCGCGCCUGCCGCCCGCCGCCCAGGACCCGACAGCCGCAGAUUCUCCUCCUUCUGUGGCUAACACACAGCUCGGAUCCCUGUCUCUUGACGAGCAACAGGAUAACAGUAAUGAAAAGCUGAGCCCCAAACCAGGGACAGGUGAACCCGUUUUAAGUUUGCACUACAGCACAGAAGGGACAACCGCAAGCACAAUAAAGCUGGACUUUACAGACGAAUGGAGCAGCACUUCCUCCAGCUCUAGAGGGAGCGGGACCCACAGCAAGCCUGAGGGGCCAGAGGGGGCCCCGGUCCCCCAGAGCUCAGAGCCGCCUGCAGCAGGGGACAGUGAGACGGGAGCUCCCCAAGAGCCCUCGGAGGGCGGGACGGCGCGGCAGGAAGGCGCGUGUGCCGAGACCGCAGUGCCGAGCCGUGCAGGCCUCGUGCCACCAGACCAGCACGCAGCUGAGCCUGCAGACUCGGGCACAAGCGAGAGGGACGACUUGGACCCUGAGAGUCCGGGCGGAGCUCCAGAAGACACCGCUUUGUCUGAGAGUGGCCGGGGGCUGGCAGUGCCCGGUGGGACCGGCACUGAGGCCGCAGCCCAGCACGGCAGCCCCGGCCCUGAGCCUCUGUGUCAGACGGCGGCCAUGGGGCCCACGCUCCCUGAGGAGGCAUCGGCCACGGACUCUGCUCUCCAGGACACAGAUGACAGUGACGACGACCCGGUCCUGAUCCCAGGGGCCAGGUAUCGAACAGGACCUGGCGAUAGACGCUCUGCUGUUGCCCGCAUCCAGGAGUUCUUCCGGCGGAGGAAGGAGAGGAAGGAGCUGGAAGAGCUGGACACGCUGAACAUCAGAAGGCCGCUGGUGAAGAUGGUGUACAAGGGCCACCGCAACUCCAGGACAAUGAUCAAAGAAGCCAAUUUCUGGGGCGCCAACUUCGUGAUGAGCGGCUCCGACUGUGGCCACAUCUUCAUCUGGGACCGGCGCACGGCGGAGCACCUGAUGCUGCUGGAGGCGGACAAUCACGUGGUGAACUGCCUGCAGCCGCACCCCUUCGACCCGAUUCUGGCCUCAUCUGGCAUUGACUACGACAUAAAGAUCUGGUCCCCACUGGAAGAGUCGAGGAUUUUCAACCGAAAACUUGCUGAUGAGGUCAUCACCCGCAACGAGCUGAUGCUGGAGGAGACCCGGAACACCAUCACCGUGCCUGCCUCCUUCAUGCUGAGGAUGCUGGCCUCGCUGAACCACAUCCGAGCCGACCGGCUGGAGGGCGACCGAUCGGAGGGCUCCGGGCAGGAGAACGACAACGAAGACGAGGAAUAAGCAGCUCAGAGUGGCCAGCACUUAACACGUGUUGGAAUUUGUAUAAGACAUUAUUAUAUUUUUUUCUUUACAGAGCUUCAGUGCAAUUUUAAGGUUAUGGUUUUUGGAGUCUUCCCUUAUUGGGGACAGCCAGGCAUUGGUGUGGAAUGAUUGUGUGCAUGAACUUGGGAGAGCCUGUCAGACAAACCCAGCAGGUGUCUUUAGCCCUCGUUGCGUGUGUGAGCCGUGCUAGCCGCGAAGUGCAAUACCCCUCAUCUCCAGGCGGGGGAGCCAGAUCGACAUUGGAGAGCAAUUCUCCCGUAGUGACAAUGUUGGUUCAAAUAAAUUUCUACACUUGCCAUUUGCAUGUUUGUUGCUUUCUGAUUAAAGAAGUUGGUUGUUUUAAGAUCUCCUGAA